AUGAUGUUUACCAUAUCUGAAGAUUUCCUAAAGAAACUAGAAGCUUUCAUGACUCAACAAACUCAGAACACGAUCGAUUUGAAGGCGGCAGUAGAAACCUUGCAGGCCAAAAAAACAUCUAUGGAAAAAGGGUUGUUAGCACAAAGCCAAAACAAGGGAGAAAAAUGUGUUAGAUCAGAGGGGGAUGAUGACGAAAGCGUAGAAGAGGAAGUUGAGAUGGUGCGGUUUGAAGACCCCCACGAACAGGGUCAGGGAAGAGGAAGAGGAAGAGGGGUAGGUCUCAGCAGCAAUCCAAACAACAAGGGACAGACAACAUCAAUUGUAGGUGGUCGAGGAAGGGUUUUUUUAGGGAACCAUCUUUUGGGGUAG